UAACUUAACAAAAUUCAUUAACCUCAAAUCUGGGUUGCUUACGUGUCGUCUGAUCAGGAAUCCCCCGCUACCAAAUAUUCACGUUUCACAGACCCAUCCCCCACGCUUUCGAACGUGGUGUCUCUCUCUCCGUCUUUCUCUAUCUUGUUUUUCUCUCUCCCGGGGUAUCCAUCUUUUUUCAGAGAAAAAGAUUCCCGGCAUCCAAACGUUUAUCAGAUCACGAGAAACGCUUUGUUCGUAAAAUUUGAGCAGAUCCGGAGAACGAACAGGGAGUUCGCCGCGUCGAUUGAGGGAUCUCUCCGGAGUCGGUGAUGGCGGCAUCGCCAGAGCAUCGCGGGAACUCCUGCUCCUCGUCCUCCUCCUCCUCAUCUUCUUCUUCCGUAGAAGUUCCGGUGAAAAGCGAGCAAGAAAUAUGCAUCGGUGCUAAAGAAACGGAUAAUAUCAGAGACUCACGGGAAGCCGCCAGUGGCGAUGAUUCUCGCGUUGGAGUUGAUCUCAGUGCACUGAAUAACGUUGGUGCCGAGUCUUCAGGUACCUUUCGUGGAAUUUUUUCUGAGGUUGGAACAUUGCCUGUGGGCACUUCAAACGUUGAAAAAUUGGAUUCAAGCCAGGGUAAAUUGGAAAAAUCAAAAACUGAGACACAAAGACAUCGAAACAUACUUGCUGAAGAAGCAGCGCAGAUUUUUGACAGUAAGAUAUCUGCUCAAAAGAAGCUUAAAUUGUUGAACAGAAUAGCUACUGUGAAAGAUGAUGGAACUGUGGAGUUUGAAGUUCCAGGAGAUGUUGAGCCCCAUGCUCUUGGUGAUGGGCCAAGAGGUGCAUAUGCUGAAGUAGCUGAAGAAGAGUCACUUGAAACAGACAUUCAGUAUAUUCCACCACUGCAAAUAGUGAUGCUUAUAGUUGGCACACGUGGAGAUGUGCAGCCAUUUAUUGCGAUUGGCAAACGUCUCCAGGAUUAUGGCCAUCGUGUAAGAUUGGCAACUCAUUCAAAUUUCAAAGAGUUUGUGCUGACUGCUGGGCUUGAGUUCUAUCCAUUAGGUGGAGAUCCAAAAGUUCUUGCUGGUUAUAUGGUUAAAAAUAAAGGCUUCUUGCCAUCAGGCCCUUCUGAGAUACCAAUUCAACGAAAUCAAAUAAAGGAAAUUAUCCACUCUCUGCUUCCUGCUUGCAAAGAACCUGAUCCUGAUUCUGGUAUCCCUUUUAGGGCAGAUGCAAUCAUUGCAAAUCCUCCAGCAUACGGGCAUACACAUGUGGCAGAGGCGCUAAAAAUACCACUUCAUAUAUUUUUCACGAUGCCAUGGACGCCAACAAGUGAGUUUCCACAUCCUUUGUCCCGUGUGAAGCAACCAGCUGGAUAUCGACUUUCUUAUCAAAUUGUUGACUCAAUGAUUUGGCUUGGGAUACGGGACAUGAUAAAUGAUGUUAGAAAGAAAAAGCUGAAGCUACGACCAGUCACAUAUUUGAGUGGUUCCCAAGGCUCUGAUUCUGAUGUGCCUCAUGGAUAUAUAUGGAGUCCUCACCUUGUUCCUAAACCUAAAGAUUGGGGACCUAAGAUUGACGUGAUAGGGUUUUGCUUUCUUGAUCUUGCAACAAAUUAUGAACCUCCUGAAUUGCUCGUAAAGUGGCUUGAAGCUGGUCCAAAGCCUAUUUAUAUUGGAUUUGGUAGCCUUCCGGUUCAAGAACCGGAAAAAAUGACCCAAAUAAUUGUGGAUGCACUGGAACAAACGGGACAGAGAGGUAUCAUCAAUAAAGGCUGGGGUGGCCUUGGUAACUUGGCAGAACCCAAGGACUAUGUUUACUUAUUGGACAAUGUCCCUCAUGAUUGGCUAUUCUUGCAAUGCAAGGCUGUGGUUCAUCAUGGAGGUGCUGGAACAACAGCUGCUGGUCUUAAAGCAGCGUGCCCAACAACAAUUGUACCAUUCUUUGGUGAUCAACCUUUCUGGGGAGAGCGAGUACACGCCAGAGGAGUGGGUCCUCCACCCAUCCCAGUUGAUGAAUUCUCACUUCCCAAGUUGGUUAAUGCAAUAAACUUCAUGCUAGAUGCAAAGGUGAAAGAGAGAGCCAUUGAACUUGCCAAGGCAAUGGAGAAGGAGGAUGGGGUUACGGGAGCAGUAAAAGCAUUUUUUAGGCAUCUUCCUCGCAAGAAGCCUGAGCCAGAGCUAUCACCAGAGCCACCCAGUCUAUUCUCCAUUGCUAGAUGUUUUGGUUGUUCGUGAAUCUCGCAUGGAUGUUUGUUUCUCCUUGUAAGUUGUUUAGUUGUGUGUUUUCAGUGUUCUCCAUGGUGCUUUCAGAAAUGAAUGAAAACACGAAAAUUUCAUCCCUCUUUACGAAUUUCCACAUCCCUGUUUCCAGAAAUGUAAUUAUUUUUACAGCCGAGAAACAUGGUGUAAAAAUGCGAAUUUUCAUUCAUCUCGAAGGUAGAAUGGCCCAUUUUUUAAAAUCUUUUGAGUUACCAAUCUAUGCUAGAUUUGAGUCUUUCAUUCCAGGAACCGUUGCAUUUAUUAUACUUUUGUCAUCUUGCUUUUACAAUUUAAAGAUAGUGUGAUAAGAAGUGAAAUCAAAUCUUGGGUGGCGAUCAUGCAGAUCACAGUUUUACCAAAAGAUUUGAAUCGAGGUUAAAAUGCUAUUACAGCCACAGUUGAUUCCAUUUGUUAUUACGUGCCAUAAUUGAUCGCUUUUGUACGUUGUACAGGGGGGAGAUGUCUGAUUAGUAAUUCGGUUUUUCACUUCCAGAUCAAGCAUUUCUAUAUAUUUUCUUAGUUGAGUUUCAGUAUAUUGCCAAAAAAACAAAGAUUGAUGGAUACCGCGUGUGGGGGAAACAUGGGAAUCAAGACGAGUUGAAGAGAAUACAUUAGGUUCAGAAAAUGCGAGGGCAAGGAAUGGAUGAAAAGUGACAAAUUGCAUGGGAUUGGCGAUGGAGAACGCAGCACCCCAUAUCAAAAUCUUUGAGAGGGCAGAGGAAUGCAGCACAAGAGCCAAUUUGCAUGCUGAGAGAGAGAGGGAAGGGACGUUGAAUGAUAUUUAAGGCAGCCACCACUGAAUUCUAGAUCAAGUGGGGAAUGACUUUACCUUUUGAGCCACCCAAUCCUUCCGCAUUCGCCAUUGAAGAUCACAAACCUGAUCUUUCAAGCUCAGCCCUUCCUCUGACACUCUCUCUGACUUCCAUUCAUUCCUGAUCUAUCGUUAACAACUCUCUCCAGUCCCCAACAUGUGGAUGUCUCUAAGUUUGAAUAAUGAAACGAAAGCCCUUGAUUAGUGUAGCACAAAGUCAAAGCUAACCUUCAUUUCAAUGCCAAGAGGCUGGUAGUAACACGGCCAAAAAUGUCUUUUUGGCAAGUAGAAAACCUGAUUAUCCCAAUAUUAAUGAGGGGAUUAAAUUGCCGGCUUUUGAUUGAUAAUGCGGGAAAAUUGAGAAAACAAUGAAGUUUUACGUUCCAACAAAAAGAAAAAAAAAGAAAAAGAAAAGAAAAGAGAAAUGCCGUUGAGAGGGAAAGAGGGGAGGAGAAA